UGGAACUACCAAACGCUUCAACACUGAAGUUUCAGCACGUUUCUAUUUCCGGUUCACUUGACGCAACAUUUGUUUACCAUCCGGGUUGAGCAUUACUUUGGUGUACUGUUCUCCUAACCAAACGAGCGCCUUCAAAACAUUCUCAUCGGAUGCGUCAAAUUACUACUGACUGAAGGCCAACGCAGUCCCAAACAUCAAGGGUAGAGACAUGGAAAUUGAAGAGAGGAAAUCCAGGUCACAACGAACAACUAACAAACUAAAGGAAAUGAAGUGUCCCACAGAUGUCACCGUAGAAGAUCAUCACCACGAGAAGCACGAUCCCCUCCACUUUAAGCAGGAAGAGGAUUCCGAGAUGCCGUACAUCAAACAGGAGGCAGAGUCAGAGAACCCCGACAUGAAAGAAGAAGACCAGGAAGUUGGAAUCCCCAAAUUUCCAAUGGGUGUCGGUGUGAAGAGCGAAGAAGACGAAGGACCAAGCGAAGAGAGCCGAGCAGCGAACCCUUUGAGCGACAGCUCAUUUCAGCACGUGACAACAAAAGGAGAUCAACCGGACAGCCUCUCAGCUCCGCUUUCGGACAGCGACGACAUAACGUCACAUUCUUCUGACUUUAAUAAUGAUGAAGAGGAGGAUGACUUUGACCAAAAUGCUUCAAAAUCUUCAAACAAGUCAUCAUUGAAAAGAGACAAACAGCAAUGUGCGGUUGGGAAACCAUUCACCUGCACACUUUGUGGUAAAAGAUUUCCUCGGAAUUCUUCUUUAAAUAGACAUAAGCUCAUACACACUGGAGAGAAGCCUUUUGCCUGCACACUUUGCGAUAAGAGAUUCAUCGAUAAGGAACGUUUAAACAAACACACAAGAACACACACUGGAGAGAAGCCUUUUGUCUGCUCACUUUGUGGUAAAAGAUUCACUGAGAAGACGAAUUUAGAAAGGCAUAAGCGUACACACACCGGAGAAAAGCCUUUUGUCUGCUCACUUUGUGGUAAAAGAUUCUCCGAUAAGAAAGGUUUAAAUAGACACACAAAAAGACACAUUGAAGAGAAGCCUUUCGCCUGCACACUUUGUGGUAAAAGAUUUUCUUGGAAUUCUUCUUUAAAUAGACAUAAGCUCAUACACACUGGAGAGAAGCCUUUUGCCUGCACACUUUGCGAUAAGAGAUUCAUCGAUAAGGAACGUUUAAACAAACACACAAGAACACACACUGGAGAGAAGCCUUUUGUCUGCUCACUUUGUGGUAAAAGAUUCACUAAGAAGACUAAUUUAGAAAGGCAUAAGCGUACACACACUGAAGAAAAGCCUUUUGUCUGCUCACUUUGUGGUAAAAGAUUCACUGAGAAGACUCAUUUAGAAAGGCAUAAGCGUACACACACUGGAGAAAAGCCUUUUGCCUGCACUCUUUGCGGUAAAAGAUUCUUCUAUAAGAAAAGUUUAAACCGACACACAAGCAGACACACUGAAGAGAAGCCUUUUGUCUGCUCACUUUGUGGUAAAAGAUUCACUGAGAAGACUUAUUUAGAAAGGCAUAAGCGUACACACACUGGAGAAAAGCCUUUUGCCUGCACUCUUUGCGGUAAAAGAUUCUUCGAUAAGAAAAGUUUAAACAAACACACAAGCAGACACACUGGAGAGAAUCCUUUUGCCUGCACACUUUGCAGUAAAAGAUUCACCGAGAAGAGACUUUUAAACCAACACACAAGAACACAUAUUGGAGAGAAGCCUUAUGCCUGCACACUUUGUGAUAAAAAAUACUCCACAAAGGAAUAUAUAAAAAUUCACAUGAGAACACACACUGGAGAGAAGCCUUAUGCUUGCACACUUUGUGAUAAAAAAUACUCCACAAAGGCAUGUAUAAACAUUCACUUGAGAACACACACUGGAGAAAAGCCUUUUGCAUGCUCACUUUGUGGUAAACGAUUCACUCGGAAAGGAAAUUUAGUAAUGCACGCAAGACGCCACACUGAGUAAAACGGUGGCGUCACCAGGGCGUGGCCAGCCCCCCCUUAAUUUUGUUGGCUACCCCACUUGCCACCCUGCUUGCCAGUAUAUCGUUACAUUGUUAUACCAUCAGUUAUUAGAGGUGGGCAAAAUUUCCGAUAAUUAGAUUAUUUGGGAUUUGGCCGUGCAAGAUUCGAGAACGAUUCACAAACAUCCAAAUUCCGAUUAUGGAAAUAUGUCAAGUAAAGCGGAACUAAAACACAGUCAUCGCGGUCUUCAGGACGCAAUGAGGAACGGACUGCAUUGCGUCCUGAGUGUAAACAUCAUGCUUGUCAUUACACGGGUAUGGGGCCGGAUCUAUGGGGGGGCCGGGGUGGGCACGGCCCACCCAGACGUGAGUCGUGCCCACCCAAUCAAAAUGUUGGUGUUCUGUUAUGCAUAAAAGAUUGAUUUGUGAUUGAAUACCUGGGUUUUAUUACUUUUACGUUUUAUUAGCAUCAUCUAGUGGAAGUCUUAAUUUACUGCAUCUCAUGCGCACUUUAUUUGAAAGAAACUGCAACACGGAAGUGACGUUGUUCAGUAGAGAAUCACACGACGACGGCCGCAGUCAGUUCACGCAGUCUCUGUGACCACUUUGCCUUGAAUUUGAAGUUGCAUCGCCGGUAUGUAUUGUUUAAAUGCGUUUAAAAACGUAAAUAUGUGAACUGUGUGUACUUCAGUGCAAAAAAGGGAGACAAGUUUCAUGUUAAGUGAGUCUGUGAUAUGCUAAUUACCCACGAGUUAGAGGGUCGGCAAAAGGGCGUCUCGGACACUCUGCUAAUUGUUUAUUCAUAUUUUCAUAUGCAGUUUGCUACAGAUAGGGCAGUACAUAUGCGAUUUCAUAUAUUGUGCAUAUUUUGAUAGUGUUGUUUUGUCUGUUUUCUUUAGUUUCACCCUUUUGAGUUUUAAUAAACAAAGCCACGUCUGCAGAGUUGUUCAUACGAGAAAGGUGUUCAUAGCCACGACUAUCAGGACGGCACAGUCAGGAAUAUUUAUUGUAGCGUCGCACUGGAUAUAGAGAACGCACGGAGAGUUGGUCUAACCUAUUUUUUUAUUGCAGGAUUAACGGUUACUGUUGGCCGCAACCACGCCCAACAAGCAAUCACCAAAACAAGGACAAAAGCCAGUGUCCUACUUGCGCCGGUCCCAAGCCCGGAGAAAUGCAGAGGGUAGAAAAAAGCCUGCAUUGGGGGUGCCCCCUCAAGUUUUCUUAGUGCCCACUCUGGUGGGUAAACCUAGAUCCGGGCCUGCACGGGUAAUGACAAAGCUCAACUCACGGCUCCAGUUCACCUCAUGCCGCUAGAUAAAAAAAAGAAUAAUACCUGACUGCUGCCGACAGCCGCUACAAACUACGUCCACAUCAUGCUACGAUGCCUCAAAUUACUACUGACUGAAGGCCAACGCAAUCCCAAACAUCAAGUCAAAGGGUAGACAUGGAAAAUGAGCAGAAGAAAUCCAGGUCACAACGAACAACUAAAAAACAAAAGAAAAUGAGGUGUCCCACAGAUGUCACCGUGGAAGAUCUUCACCAGGAGAAGCACGAUCCCCUACACGUUGAGCAGGAAGAGGACUCCGAGAUGCCGUACAUCAAACAGGAGGCAGAGCCAGAGACCCCCGACAUGAAAGAAGAAGACCAGGAAGUUGGAAUCCCCAAAUUUUCAAUGGUUGUCGGUGUGAAGAGCGAAGAAGACGAAGGACCAAGCAAAGAGAGCGGAGCAGCGAACCGUUUGAGCGACAGCUCAUUUCAGCACGUGACAACAAAAGGAGAUCAACCGGACAGCCUCUCAGCUCCGCUUUCGGACAGCGACGACAUAACGUCACAUUAUUCUGACUUUAAUAAUGAUGAAGAGGAGGAUGACUUUGACCAAAAUGCUUCAAAAUCUUCAAACAAGUCAUCAUUAAAAAAGGACACAAAGGAAUGCGUGGUUGGGAAACCAUUCACCUGCACACUUUGUGGUAAAAAAAUUUUCUCGGAAUUUUACUUUAAAUAGACAUAAGCCCAUACACACUGGAGAGAAGCCUUUU